UGUGCCGUAGACAAAGAUGGCUGCGUUCUGCGGACUUUCCAAAAGCUCGAAUUUAUUGUUCAAUAAUGCGAGCGCGUUUAGGGGUAUCCGAACUUUUCACUCGGUACCCGGGUACACCGAAUUUUCUUCAAAGAAGGUUCGGAAUGUCUUUACAGAUUUUUUCAAAGAGAAGUACGGGCAUCGGCUUGUCCCGUCAUCUCCAGUAAAACCAAGGGGCGACCCCAGCCUGCUUUUCGUGAAUGCAGGCAUGAACCAGUUCAAGCCUAUCUUCCUGGGCACAGCGGACCCUCGCAGCGAGAUGGCUCAGUUCAGGCGGGUGGUGAACAGUCAGAAAUGUGUCCGUGCUGGUGGGAAGCACAACGACCUGGAAGAUGUGGGGAGAGAUGUCUACCACCACACUUUCUUUGAGAUGUUAGGAAACUGGUCCUUUGGGGACUAUUUCAAGGAGGAGGCAUGCCUGAUGGCUUGGGAGCUCCUGACCCAGGCCUAUGGAAUCCCACAGGACCGGCUCUAUGUGACAUACUUUGGAGGAGACUCUGCCCUGGGGUUGAGUUCUGAUGAAGAAAGCAGGGAGAUCUGGUUGAGUAUGGGGAUUGAGUCGGACCACGUCCUCCCGUUCGGACUGAAGGAUAAUUUUUGGGAGAUGGGGGAGACGGGCCCCUGCGGCCCGUGUACUGAGAUCCACUACGAUCACGUGGGGGGGAGGAAUGCAGCAGCGCUGGUGAACAGAGACAGCCCAGAGGUGGUAGAGAUAUGGAACCUCGUCUUCAUGCAAUACAACAGGGAGGCUGAUGGGAGAUUGCGCACACUGCCCCAGCACAAUGUGGACACAGGAAUGGGUUUGGAGCGUCUUGUGACCGUUCUACAGGGCAAGCGGUCUAAUUAUGACACCGACCUCUUCACCCCUAUUCUCGGAGCUAUUCAAAAGUCCUCUAAAGGGCCGGUGUACAGGGGGCUGGUUGGAGAGGCCGAUGUGGGGAACAUCGACAUGGCGUACCGAGUCGUGGCAGACCACAUCCGCACUCUGUCUGUCUGCAUUGCUGAUGGAGUCUAUCCAGGAAUGUCUGGGGCUGCGCUGGUGCUGCGGCGGAUCCUUCGCAGAGCGGUGCGCUUCUCCCUCGAGGUUCUCCAGACCCCCCCGGGAUUCCUGGCUGGACUCGUCCCCACUGUGGCACACAUCCUGGGUGAUGCCUACCCAGAGCUGAAUAGGGAAACCAACAGGAUCAUGGAUAUCAUUACCGACAAUGAAGUUGCCUUUUUAUCCUCCCUGAAGCAAGGGCGGCGUGUUAUUGACCGAACGCUACAGAAGAUGGAAAACUCCAGAGUAUUCCCAGUGGGUGUGGCCUGGUCGUUGCACAGGAACUUGGGAUUUCCUCUUGACCUGCUUGGUUUAAUGUUGGAAGAGAGGGGCGUUGCUAUGGAUACAGAAGGCUUGGAUAAACUGGCGAUGAAAAAUGCAAGGCACAAGGCUCAGACCCAGCAGUCUGAGUUGGGAAGCUGUGUUGAGCUGGAUGUGCACACUGUCGCUGAGCUCCAGAGGAGAGGAGUGCCGGCCACCGAGGAUUCCCCCAAAUACACAUACAGGCUUGGAGAAGGCGGAAAAUACAUGUUCAGCCCUUGCCAGUCCACUGUGCUGGCUCUGUACUGUGACCGCUCACUGGUGACGGAGGUGGAAGAGGGGCGGAGGUGUGCCGUGAUCCUGAACCAGACCUGCUUCUACGCAGAGCAGGGGGGGCAGGCACACGACCAGGGGUACUUCAUUCGGGAGGGACAGCAGGACGUGCUUUUUCCUGUAGAGAACGUCCAGACCGCUGGAGGGUACGUACUUCAUGAGGUGACCGUUGCAGAGACACUGCGGCUGGGGGACCAGGUCCAGCUAUUUGUGGAUGAGGCACAGCGCCUGGCCUGCAUGGUGAAGCACACGGCAACCCACAUUCUGAACUUCGCCCUGCGUCGGGUCCUGGGAGACAGCGUGGAGCAGAGGGGGUCCCACGUUGCAGCUAACCGACUGCGCUUUGAUUUCAGCUUCAAGGGGACAUUGACCGUUAAGCAGCUCCAGGAGAUAGAGCAAACCAUAAAGGAUAUAAUUCAGAGGAACGAAAAUGUUUACACAGAAGAAGUGCCCUUGAAAUUGGCUAAAAGAAUACAAGGAUUAAGAACGAUGGAUGAGGUCUAUCCCGAUCCUGUGAGAGUGGUGUCUGUCGGUGUGCCUGUCGACUGCUUGGUGAACUCACAGACUGAUCAGCAAACAUCUAUAGAGCUGUGCUGCGGAACGCACUUGCUUCGGACGGGAGAGGUAAAGGAUUUUGUGAUUGUGUCGGAGAGGCAGCUUGUUAAGGGCAUCAGUCGGAUAAUUGCUGUCACCGAGGAGCAGGCAAAAGAGGCUCGUGAGGCCGGCCACACACUGGCCCAGGAGGUGGACUCUCUGACCAUGAGGCUGGAAUCUGGAAUUCCCACGCUUUCCGAUGCACAGAGACUAUCCAAGGAAGUGGGGCAACUCACUGAUGCAGUGGAGAGCACUGCAGUGCCACAGUGGCAGCGCCGGGAGCUGCAGACCACACUGAAAACUCUGCAGAGAACAGCAAAUACAGCCAUCAGGAAACAAGAGGCAAAAGAGGCUGCAAAAAAGGUGCAAACACUACUAACAGAACAUGGCGACAAAACACUAGUUGUGGAUACUGUUGAUGCUGAUUCCAUCUCGGUUUUAAUGAAGGUUGCAAACCAGUUUUGUGACAAGUCACCAGGGGUGUUUACGAUGCUUCUGAGCCAGCAGCAUUCUGGGAAGGUUCUGUGUGCCUGUCAGGUGCCAAAGAGCUCUGUCGGUAUCCUGUCUGCCGUAGACUGGGCGGUCGCUGUCUGCAACCACAUGAGCGGAAACGCAGGGGGCUCCGUCAUCGUCGCCAAGGGAACAGGAAGCACUUCAGAUUUGGAAGGGGUUCUGAAAUGGGCACAAGAGUUUGCAAAAAGCAAAACACAAAAGCUCAGCCCACCACUGCGCUGACUCGGGAGAGGCAAAAACAAACACACUUUGUACUCUGAAGCGUGUACCGUCAGCCACCCGCUUCUUUACAUGCUGCGGAUUCACCAUGCAGCCACCCAGAGCUACAGCGUCGGAGGACAACACAGCCCAGGGCAGCUUACAGGCAA